AUGGCAACAUCGAAGGCUCUAUUCGUUCGAAUAGAGCCUUCGAUGUACAUUGACAGUGUUCCUGUCUCUGUCAGUGUAUGCAACGCAGACGCCUCCGUCUAGAGUAUAUGGUGACUUUUACCGGACAUCGUGUCCAGAAGCCGAGUCCGUGAUUGCAAAAGCAGCGAAAGCUCAGCUUGACAAGAACUUGAAGCAUGCUGCGGGUCUCAUUCGCAUGGCCUUUCAUGUCUGCUUUGUGGAGGUCUGUGAUGGCUCGGUGCUGCUUGAUGGGAAGGAUAUCGGAAAGAAUGCAGCGAUUAAUGUGAAUCUGCUGGGUUUGGACGUGAUUGAAGCCGCCAAAACUGCUGUGGAGGCUGUUUGUCCUGGAGUCGUGUCUUGCGCUGACAUCUUCGCUAACGCGGCACGCGACAGCACCGUGAAGCUGAAUGGCGCUGGCGGGGUGGUUCAAGGAGGAAGAAAAGAUGACACUGUUCCUACCGCUGCACCUGCAAAGAAUGAUCUGCCACUACCACCAUUUGACGUCUCCCAACUCAUAGAUUCGUUUGCUAAGCGAGAUCACUCAACGGAGCAAAUGGUUAUUGUCUAA